GACGUAACUUAGAUGGAUACUGUUAUCAGCAAGCAUGAACGACAUGGACUAGGAAAUUGCUCUGCACACACAACUCCAUCUAAGGAUUACAUUAUCAACACAGCUUGUUGAUAGUGUUGUCAUGAAGCUCUUGAGGUCGAGAGACUAGAUGCUCAAGCUGGUUAGCGUUUGAAUUCAACCCACGUCAUCUCAAAGCAAGCAUCGAAACGGCUUGCUGAUAAGGCACCGCCAUUGUGAAUGACAAGUGCACUUGUCUCCCGCGGAUAGACAUCCAACUCUUCUCUCUUGUCUGUACAUAGAAGUCAUUGUCCAUACCUCAAUGUCGUAGAUAACCCCGUCCUAUUUCUAGUCAUCAUUUUUUCCCAUCAUGUUCGCAUCUCGCGCCGUUCCGCGGUCUAUAUCACGCAAUCUUCUUUCCAAACACUUUUCAACGGGUGUUCGACAACAGGCAGACUUUACUCAUGCUGUGAUAGGCGGCGGGGUUGUGGGGCUGGCAAUAGCUAGGAAGCUGCAGCAAAGAGAUGGCGCGUCGACUGUGUUGAUUGAGAAACAUGGGACUGUUGGCACAGAGACAAGUUCACGGAAUAGUGAGGUCAUCCAUGCAGGUCUCUACUACGGCACCGACUCCCUCAAAACAAGACUAUGUCUUCGCGGCAAGGAAAUGAUGUACGAUCUCUGCCGUCAACACUCGAUUCCCCACCGCAACACGGGGAAAUGGAUCGUCGCCCAGGACGCUACGCAAAUGGACGCAAUUGACAAAGUUCACCAAUUCGCCAAAACUAUCGGCGUCCCGACAAACUUCAUAACAUCCGACGAAGCAAAGCGGCGCGAACCAGCCGUCCGCGCCGAAGCAGGCGUCCUCGAGAGCCCCUCAACAGGAAUCGUAGACUCACACAGCUUAAUGCAAUUCCUGGAAGGCGAAUUCGAAGACGCGGGGGGCAUCUGCGCCUUCAAAUCCCCCGUAACCUCCAUCACACCCAUCGACUACGGCAAAGGAGGCUGGGAAGUAACAACAACAAGUCCCAACGGCGAAUCCUCCACCAUAACCGCCGAAACACUAAUAAACUCCGCCGGCCUAGCCGCCGUAUCAAUCUCCAACAUGAUCCUCCCCAAGGACCGACAUAGGAAGGCGUUCUACGCAAAGGGCUCCUACUUCUCCUACUCGGCAUCCCACCCCCGCCCAAACACCCUCGUCUACCCCGCCCCCGUCCCCGGCCACGGCGGCCUGGGAACACACCUCACCCUCGACCUCUCGGGCCGCGUGCGCUUCGGGCCAGACGUCGAGUGGACAGAUAGUCCGGACGACUACACGCCCAACGCGAAGUCGCUGGGCGCGGCCCUCGACGACAUUCAAACAUACUUACCGGGCAUCGAUAGAGAUGCCGUGGCGCCUGAUUACGUGGGCAUACGGCCGAAGCUGGGCAAGCUGGCGGCGACGAGCGGAAAGGAUUUCCAGGACUUUUACAUUGUGCGGGAGGAUGGCUUUGAGGGGUUUGUUAAUCUGCUGGCUAUUGAGAGUCCGGGGCUUACGAGCAGUUUGGCUAUUGCGGAGGAGGUGGAGGGGCUGUUGUAUAGGUAGG